AUGAUCGUGCACGCUAGAGCCACUCUCGUGGCUGCGGCAAUCCUCACCAUUGCAGUGAAUGCACAAGCCCAUCCCCGGCGUCGAUGUGCCUAUGGUGACAGCUGUUGGCCAGAUGAUCAGGCUUGGAGUGACUUUAACACCACCGUUGGUGGGCGACUGAUUCGCUCCUUUCCAUCUGCUGCCGUGUGUCACACGGAGAGGUAUAAUGCCGACCAAUGCAACAUAGCAAGGCAGCACUGGCUAGAUAGCCCCUGGCGAACGAACCAAACAGGAGCGUAUUCCGCAACCGUAUGGGAGAUGGGAAAUACCGGGCAGUGCUUUAUUGAUACACCCGUUAGCGCUCCAUGCGACCAAGGGAUAGUGCCGUACUAUGCUGUCCGGGCUGAAAGUGUUGAAGAUAUCCAGAAGACUGUGAAAUUUGCUAGCGAGAAGGAUCUGUUUCUUGUCAUCAAGAACACAGGACAUGACCACCUCGGUCGAUCAAGCGGUAAAGGAGCUCUUGCCAUCUGGACUCACAAUCUGAAGGGCAUCGACUGGCACCAGUCGUUUGUCCCACAGGGGGCACCAGCAGCUGUCAAUGGUAUCCCUGCUGCAACCUUGCAGGCUGGAGAGCAGUGGUUCGACGUAUACCAAGCUGCAGCAAGACAGGGAGUAUUAAUAGUUGGAGGAUCAGCGCGCACCGUUGGGUCCGCCGGAGGAUAUUUGCUUGGAGGAGGCCAUUCGCCAUUUGCACAUUAUUAUGGCCUCGCUGCCGAUAAUCUUUUGGAAAUGAGCAUUGUUUCCGCUGAUGGAAAACACCGAGUGAUCAAUGCGUAUUCGGACACUGACUACUUCUGGGCUGUUCGCGGCGGCGGUGGAAGUGCCUGGGGUGUUGUUACGUCGGUGACUUACAAAACUCAUCCCGUCACACAAAACCUCACCAUUGGAUUCGUUCAACUGAACACAACCAACAACUCCAGCUCGAAGCGGCUCAUUUCCGAAUCCCUAAAACUCCUCCCAGCUGUCACUGACGCAGGUUACACCGGAUAUGGCUUGUUUAUGGGGGGCUUCCAAGCGAUCUUUAUUCAACCCAACGGCACCAUAGAAUCUUUUAACCAGACUUUCGCUUCCUUCUCUAAUUUAACACAGCUUCCCGGUGUCAAGGGACAGGUUGGAGCCUAUUCCUCCAACUGGGAUGGAUAUUUGAAAACCUUCCUGCGAGACCCCAAUAUCGGGACCAACGAUCAGGACACGUCACGACUGUUGACAGCAGACAUAAUCCGGGAAAAGGCGGACGAUUUGGCAGAGUUCAUUAUCGAGAAUGAUCAAAUGGCGGGAUUCAAUUUCAUUGGCAAAGUCAAUAACAAGGAACGCGACAACACUGCCGUCCAUGAGAUCUGGAAACACAGCCACGCGCUUAUGAGCAUCGGGGUAGAUUGGCCGGAUAAUGCAACAGCCCGCGAGAAGGGAGAGAAGCGACACAAGAUGGUACAGUUGAGCAAGCGCUUUACCGAGAUCGUUGGCCCAGACGGAGGGACAUAUGUGAAUGAGGCCAGUCCGUACGAACCCCAAUGGCAACAAGUGUUCUGGGGAAACAAGUAUGAGCGAUUGCUCUCGAUCAAGAAACGGGUGGACCCAACCCACCUAUUUGUGUGCAAUAGGUGUGUCGGGGCAGACUUGGUGCUAAAGCCAUAG